AUGCGGUACAAAGUUUUCGAGGGAAGACAAGUUAUCGGACUUCUGGCAAUACUCUUUUGCUUUACGAACCUUGUGUAUUCUCAGAGCGACACCAAUACAACCACUACCAUCAAUACAACCACUACUCCCGGAGACAAUAACCCAGCCCUUAAGUUGAUCAUUAUCAUUGUUAUUCCAACCUUGGCAAUCACUGUGAUUUGCAUUGUUUGUGUGGUGAUCGGUGUUCGCAAGACAAGAAACAGUGGAAGAAAAUGGUGGAAAAUUUACGGGAAUGGACGACAGCCGACCGCUAGUCAACUGGAGAAUGCCGAUCCACAAGCAAAACUUGAGUUCAGCAUCCAGCAAAUGAAUCAUUACAUGGACAUCAAAGCAAUGGCUGAUCAAUUCAAAAAUGACAAAUGGGAAAUUAAAGGAAAAGAUCUCUUGGUGCACGAUGAUUGUUUAGGGAAUGGAGCUUUUGCUUGCGUGUUUCGCGGAACUUUAAAAGGCAAGAUCCCACUGUUCAAAGUCUAUGCCUCAUUGCAGCUCGUCCUCGAGCAUACAACUGGAGAGACUAGUGAGGUGGCCGUCAAGAAGCUCCCAGCUCAUGCGAACCAUGAGGGUCGGGUUGAUUUCUUCCACGAGAUGUCUUUCAUGAAAAGACUCGGCUAUCAUCCACACGUGAUCUCAAUGCUGGGUUGUGUCUCGAAUCCAAUAGACCCAUUAAUUGUGGUGGAGUAUUGUAAACACGGUGACCUUUUGAGGUUCUUGAGGAAGAACAAGGGAAGUAUUUUGAAAGAUGAAACUCCAAAAGAAUCUAAAGAGAACGAUUACCCUGAUUAUGAGGUUCCAAUGAAAAUCAAAGACUUGGUAUCGAUUGCCUGGCAAGUUUGCGAUGGAUUGUGCUACCUCAGCUCUCACAAAUUCAUUCAUCGAGAUGUGGCGGCUCGGAAUAUAUUGUUGACAAAGGGAAUGUGUGCAAAGAUUUCUGACUUUGGUCUUUGUCGCUAUGCUGACUCAUCGCUUUACACUGCGAAAGGUGGUCGCUUGCCGAUCAAAUGGAUGGCACCCGAAUCACUGAAAUUCUAUGAGUACACUGAAAAGACUGAAGUCUGGUCUUACGGUAUCAUGCUUCACGAGAUGUUCUCUCUUGGAGAAGCUCCUUAUCCAUCUGUGCAACCAAUGGAAAUGAUCCAAUAUCUUGAAGAAGGCAAUCGAAUGAGACAACCAGUGAAGUGCCCGAAUGAAAUGUACAUAUUGAUGAAAGGCGCUUGGGAGUUCAAGGGAGAAGAUCGGCCGACUUUCGAUGAGUUGAGAGCGAAAAUCUCCAUGUUGUUAAAUCUAGGAGACGAGCAAUAUGGAUAUCUUUCAUUGCCAACGAGUAGCGGCCCGACUUCACCGAGUGGUGUCACUCAACUGACCUUCCAAGAUGAUCAAUGUGCAUUAACGGAUGAAAUGCUGGGAAGGCAACCUAAGGGACCGACAGAUGGACCCGAAGAGGAAGGGGAAAGAAAGCUUUCUGAAAACCCUCAAUUCGACAUGGCAAAGCUGGUUGAGAUGAAGAUGGCUUGGAAGAAAAAGAAGAAGGCAAUCAAUGAAAAGCUGCAAAUUCAUGUGGAAAUUGAUGAGGCUAACGAUAAAGCGAUUAUCAGCAGAGAGCUCCUGGAUAAAAUGAGGUAUGGGGAAAGCUAUGGUAUUCGCUUUUGUGCUUGG